AUGCAAAGACAGAUCCCUGGAACGCUCGACGUUCGCUUUGUUGAUUGUAUCAAACAAGAUGUCCUCGAUCAUCGAAACGACCCAGAAUAUGACAUCUUGUACUUGGCCCCAGUACCUAAUUCGAAACACAAUUUCCAUGUGCGUAUCGAGGAUCUCCAGAGUCUCGAUAUCGACAGCUCUGCCCAGUGGUCUCAACGUCUCAUGACUGCCUACGCCCAUAUUGAUCAGCGACACCCUCUAGGAUCUGCAAACCAGGAUGUACUCGGCAUCAUUCAGAAACUUGCCGUCCUCAGUUUCCUCUUAAGCGCCGCCCUGGUGCAAGGAGCAACUAUUUCUGGACGACCGCUUGAUGAGGAGCUUGAAAUGAUUGGAGACGGAAAAUGA